UAGAUGAUGAUAUUGGAUCAUGUAUAAUAAGACCGUGCAAUCCACGCUAACCCACAAACUCUGUAUAUGCUCUCUGCUUUGCAAAACAAACUUCAAAGAUGCAGAGUCUUCAACACAAGGCCUCUGAAUGGAGUGGAGUUCUCACAUCCAACGCUUUCGCCAUCGAUGACACCAAUCUUUUUGAAAAGCUCGGCCUUCAAACCUUCAUCAGCCUCUCUACCAAUUUCUACAACAGGGUGUAUGAUGAUGAGGAAGAGUGGUUUCAUUUAAUAUUUGCGAAUUCUGACAAGCAAAUAGCAAUUCAAAACCAGUAUGAGUUCUUGGUGCAGAGAAUGGGAGGCCCUCCCCUGUAUUCUCAGAGAAGAGGGCAUCCUGCACUAAUUGCUCGACAUCGAGCAUUUCCGGUGACACAUGAAGCUGCAGAGAGGUGGUUACAUCACAUGCAACAAGCAGUGGACACUAGUUCAGAUAUAGAUGAUGACUCCAAGAUCAAAUUGAUGAAUUUCUUCAGGCACACUGCAUAUUUUAUUGUGGCCGGGAUUGAGCUCAAGAAUCAAAACUUUCAGAUGCCAUGCAAGAAUGCACCCAGUCCAUGUAAAAACUUCUAGCAUUAUUGAAUGAUAGCAAAGAAGAAUGAGAAAAUAAUUGUUUAAAUGCACUAUAAAUUUGAUGACCAACAAAAAUAUUUGUUAACAAAUAAACUACCACUGUUCACGGUUAUGCUUCAGUUUUCUUUUACCGGUUUUGCAUGGUCAUCUCUUUCUUAGAAACUUUAUGGCGAAGUACAUCUAAAAUUGUUCCAAACUUCUGAAAUACAUUACUUUCUUAAUGAAUUACUUUCUCAAGGUUAAAAACUUCAAAAAUAUUUCAUUGAUCUUCUCAUCUUCAGCUUGUUCUACUUUUUCCUCUAUACACAUUAACCAAACAACUUAGACUACUUGCAAUGAGGUAGUUAAAUGGGUGUUGAAUGACUCCAAUGGGAUGUUGAAAAUAGUGUUCAAUGUUAAACAUGUUGAAUAAAUUCAAAAUGUUGAAUGAA